UUUAAACUUCCCGUUAACGAAGAUACUCUCCCAACACUCAGGCACAGAAAUAAAAGGACAAGCAGUUCACCCUUCAACGUUUGAAUCUUGCACAUGCAGAUAUUGGACGUAGAAUAUUACUUAAGGCACCUCUUUCGUUUGUGCGUUUGUGGUGAUGAUCCGUUCGGCCGUAAUCAACUGUGUGAAAAGUUACCAUAAAACUGUACCAUAUAUUUACUUUAGACCAUGCGCAAACCAUUCUACUAAUCCACAGUAUAACAAUGCAACCGAGCCUUAUGAAGUAUUCAAAUCCCGUUUUUUGAAUGCCUUUGAUGAUCCGAAAAUUGAUGGUUGGUGGGCCAGAACAUGGAUGCAGAGACUUCAUCUAGAAGACGCCGUUCCUCCCCCUGAAGUGGUAAUUAGCGGCCUUAAGGCUUGCAAACGCCUUAACGACAUCGCCCUGGCCAUAAGGUUUGUUGAAUCUGUAAAAUUUAAGUGCAAAGUUGUCAAAGGUGCUUGGGAAUGGAUGCGACAAGAGAUUGAACCCACAAUGAAACAACUUGGUUUGCCAACUUUGGAAGAACUUGGAUAUGAUAAGCCUGAGUUGGCUGUAAUUGACUAUGACGACUAAAAACAUUGUGUAAUCUAGAGAAAAAUACAUAGAAUUGUUCUGUUAGAAGUAUUAUACUUUUAUCACACAUAGUAGCCGAUGUGGUUGUGAUCUGUUAUUAAUUUCAAUAUGACCAUUUCUAGCAUUUCUGUCAACGGAUAGUAAGUAGUGAAUGUUUUAGUUCCUACUGAACAAAUACACUCCUGUUCACAAGUA